UUGCACAGCACGAUCCAGAAGCAAAGAAGAACAAUUGCCUUGUCGAAACGUAACUCCUUCGCGGGAGAACAAAGCAAUGCGGACAAGGAGGUUACUGAUUACGACCAAGGGGGGCCUGACAAAGGGGGUUUAUUGAGGCUCUGAGGCACAAGGACAUUGUCUAAAACAAAGGCGGGAUAUUUAUAUACACUCGUGGUAGUUGCAAUGUGCACAGUACAGGACAUUGUAGCAACAAGUAUUGAUUCUCUCUUCUGAUCACUCCGCUACCAUGAUUACUGGCUGUCUACAACAGCACAAGUUAGGAGGCUGGUGCAUUGAUUUAGGGAAACAGAGCCUUAGUGGCCAGUGGCAGAGAACGAUCACAAGAGAAGAAACCCCUUGUGUCACGCUGUCAUCAGGGGAUACCCCGGCCGAAGCCGCUGUGAGGUCUGUCGUCGAUGAGUGUGCUAUCGACGAUGACGAGGAUGUCAAUAAUGGGCCGAUAUUUAUUCAUCCAUCCAUGUUCCAGAGAAGGCCGCUAUGCCUUGGGGUCGGUACCAGAACGAGUCUCCUUAGCAACGCCUUUGCUGCUGGUGCAAGGUCGAAAGUUGCGCGCCCAAGAAUACGGUUUGCUGCCGCAGAUGUGGAGCAGAUAGGUUUUCGAGAAGCCGGUCUCCACAAGAACAUCAGUCAGGACACGUACAGGGGUCUCGAUGCCAUGAAAAACAAUGCAGCUCAAUCUAGAUACUACCCAGUCGAAAAACGCUUCGUUCGUUGCUCAGUCGGCUCCGACGAUAGUCAGAGCUGGUUUGAGAUGGUACAAGAGUUUCAAACAUCUUCGUUUUGAGGUUCUGGAGGCACACGUUAGGUAA